AUGUCAGCGGACGAAGCCACUCAGGCAAAGCAGCGGAGGAAGCUCCAGAACCGGGUGAAUCAAAGAGCCCGGCGAUCCCGUUUAAAAGGAGAUGAUGAAAAGCCUCGCCGUCCAUUCGAAGUCACGCGCUGGCGCCUCGAUGACGAAAUGGCCGUAUCUGGCGUCCGAAGCGACCGGCAUACUAAUCCUGCAACUCGACACGAUGAUGCCCCAAAACAGAAAGGCUGGUCUCUUGAAACCUGCCACAUCCCACCCCUUAGUGCACAAGAUGCCGCGUUGGUAGAGAGAGAGCCGUUGCUGAGGCUGGCCUUACCGUAUCUUGCCCGGAAAACAUCGCCAUUGCAGGAUCAUCUUCUACACCUUAUCCACUUUAAUGUUCUGCGUGCCGUCUUCAGACUGAAAUUCAUCCUCGCGACCUCGACGGCAUUCUGCAUCGGAGGGAACACACCGGGAACUGAGCCUCAACUUGUGACGAUUGACGAUGCACACCCGAGCCGAGCUACACUUGUCCUUACAGCGCAAGACGAGGCAAACGGUCUCCCUUUAUCGGUUCGCCCCACGCCUCUUCAGAGUUCCAAGGAUCAUGCCACAUGGAUUGAUAUAAUACCUUUCCCAGCCAUGCGAGAUACCUUGAUCCGCUACGAAGCUGAGUAUGAUCAAGUUGAAUUCGGCAACGAUCUAGUGGGUGACCUUGUGGACUUUGCCAAUGUAUACCAACUUCAGCGCCCGAAACAACCACGCCUACCAGCCAAUAAGUCGUCUCGAUCGAUCAAUGAGACUGGGACCGUGACCGCUGGAACAAGGACGGGGAUGAUCGUUUGGGGCGAACCGCACCGUCCCGAAAACUGGGAGGUGACGCUGGGUUUUCUGCAGAAAUGGCCCUGGGCUCUCGCCGGUUGCCAGCCUUUGUUGGACUCGAGUAAUCGAUGGAGGGCACUCCGUGGCGAGGAGCCACUGCCUCAGAUUUAUGAACCUUGA